UCUCUUCACAAAAACUCUCCUUCUUCUUCUCCUUCCCAAUUCUUCCGUUCAAAAAUUUCUCCAAACCCAAACCCUAAUUUUCUCCGUCUGUGAAAUCAAGGGUUUUCUCUGAUCUGGGUUUUGAUCAGAAAUCGGAUCUAAGAAUUUGAUUAUGAGGAAGAGAGAAAGAGAGAACCCUUGUUCGAUUUGUGGGCAUUACCAUAAGUACGAAGAAGGUGAAGUAUGUGGAAUCUGUGGUCACUGUAUGCCUGUUUCUUCCGAUACUGUGGCGGCGCAACAAGUCCACGUCAGUGCUUUUCCGUCGGAGAUUCUCCCUGAGUUUCUUUACCUCGGUAGUUACGACAACGCUUCUCGCUCUGAGCUUCUUAAGACUCAGGGGAUUUCUCGUGUUCUUAAUACGGUUCCUAUGUGCCAGAAUCUCUACAGGAAUUCAUUCACUUAUCAUGGUCUUGAUAAUGAAAAAGUUUUACAGUUUGAUGAUGCUAUCAAGUUUUUAGACCAAUGUGAGAAGGACAAGGCACGUGUUCUUGUGCAUUGUAUGUCUGGGAAAAGUAGAUCACCAGCGGUUGUUAUAGCGUACUUGAUGAAGCGUAAAGGGUGGAGACUCGCUGAGAGUCAUCAGUGGGUUAAACAACGGAGAACAACUACGGACAUAAGUCCAGAGUUUUACCAACAACUGCAGGAGUUUGAGCAGUCGAUAUUCGGAUCUGGGAUGAUGUCGGCGAUGAAUAUCAACGAUGCUCCAACAUUUGGGUUUGGUUUCCCUAAGAUUGAUAAUCAAGCACAAGCACCUGUGUUCAACAAUGCUCCUACUUCUUCUAUAUUUUCAUCUCCUGCUUCAAGUAUCCCUCCUCAAGAGUUCACUUUUGGAGCAACUCCAACAAAGCCAACAACCGGUGGUGAUAUCGCCAUGGAUGGCUCCUAGAACCAGAUAAUCACUCUUGCAAGAAUUUUCAUCAACAAAUAUACUGUUGUGAGAAUGUUUCUUUUUCUUCUUUUUUUUGUACAUGGAGAUUGGUGCAUUGCUUGAGAGAGUUUGGGGUUUGAGAACAUGAGAUGAAUCUUUCUUGUUUUGGUGUUUUUGCAUCUAUCUCUAUGUUCAAGGAAAGCAUCUUUGUCUGGUUUAUUCUUCAUUAUCCCAUGAUUCUGUAUCUAUCUUUACAGCGAAAUACCAUUAUACCAGUUAUGACAA